AUGACCGAUUGGAAUCGAAGAGCUGAAAUCAUCAAAAAAACACGGCAUUUCGUCGAUGGAUAUCCGAAAUUUGAGACAACGCUUUUCGACUACGAUGCCACCAUUUAUGAUAUUAUAAUCUCGGUCAAGUCUGAGCUCAUCCAAGCUGUCGUCGUCACGUUCUCCUGUAUGUCCAUCAUCUCGACUCUCUCAAUUCCUGAGCUAUUCGGCGCCUCGAUCGCCUCCACAUCAAUGUUGAGCAUCACCGGAUGCAUGUUGGGUUUCCUCUCGCUUUGGGGCUGCGGUCUUGAUCCGAUCGUGAUGAUCAAUGUGCUUAUGGCCAUUGGUUUCUCCGUUGAUUUCUCCGCCCACAUCUGCUAUCAUCAUCACAAAGCAAGGAGAUCCGGGAUACGCGAAUCCGAGAAAGCCCGGCUGCAACGAAUCAUGGAAUCAGUGGGAAGGCCGAUGAUUGAGGCGGGUUUUUCAACGAUUCUCUGCAUGUUACCGCUUUUUUUCAUCAACAUCUACGCGAUUAUUUCAUUCGCGAAAACCGUUUGUCUGGUUUCAUCGAUCGGUCUUUUCCACGGUCUCAUCCUAAUCCCUCUAAUUCUCUCACUAUUCCCAAUGAAG